ACGACCGCGCAACAGUCGUCGAACGACGCGCGACCUGCUCGGAGCUGGCCGUGUAGCCGCUCGCGAGCGAGUGGAGAAGAGGAGUGCUCCAAAGCGGAGAACAGAGGGCCAAGAAGAAGGAGCGGCAGGCAGCCCCGCUGAUGCACGACUCUCUUACUCUUCUCCUCUCCUCUCUUCUUCCUUCUCCCUCCCACGAGUGGUUAGACUCACGAGAGAGAUAAACACAUGAGAAGGGAGCAAAGGCGGGGAGACGUGGUCCACCACCAGAAGAAGAAAGAGGAGAAGGAAGAGGACAACGACGAGGACGACAAUCUUUCUUUCGCGCUCUUUCUUUCCGCCGUACGCGCACGCGGAUCCUUUCGGCGGAGGAAUUCUAGCUUGCGUGGCUCGCCACUCUGCCUCCACCUUCUUUCCCUCCACCCGACUUCAUUCAGAGCCCUCCCUGGAUGGGACGGUCCACAGAGAGCGUCCACUCGGUGCCGGGUUACGCGAGAUAUUUUGUGAGACUGAGAUCCGUUCCAAGAGUCGCUAACGUUUGACCUGUGUCUGUUCGUCUGACUUCUCGGCUCCCUAGCUCCGCUACAGGAAUAGGGAGCUCGACAUGACCCGGUUGGGAUUGCGACUCGUCGCAUCCCUAGUCUGCUUGACCAGGAUCGUCAGCGAGGAAUAUAAUUACACAUGGGCAAGGAACUCGCAAACGGUCGUUCCUUUGGACGCAUCGCGAGGAGAUAUACGAGUCGAUAUACGAAACGAUGGGGGAUCAAAUGGUACCGAUGACGAAUAUCCACCCCCUCAAACAUGGAAAUAUUCAGAAAGGAAAUUCGAUAAUCAAAAUAGACCUGGGAACGGUGAAGGAAAUUCGAGCAACGACUUUGUCGAAUAUGAUUAUGGAAAUAACGACCCUCAGCAUCGACAAGAAUAUCAUUCUGAAGGAUCGAGAGAUGGCGGAUCUUAUGGACCGGGACAUCGAGAUUAUUCGAACAAUUAUCCAUAUAAUCAAGAGACAGCCGGACGAUACGGUGGAUAUACGAAUGGUCAAGAGUCAUCUGGAUCAGGAAAUAACGAUGAUCGAUAUCGUUAUCCUCCCGGACAAAGAGAACACAAUCAAACAGAAUAUGGAGGAGGCUACGAAGGUAAUCGUGGCUUUCCUUAUUAUUAUGGUCAAGGCCAAGUUCCAAGAACUGACAACGAUAGAGGACCUUAUGAUGUUAAUCGAGCUGCUAUCGAUCCUUACGGUUCGCACACUUCUUAUGAUCAGGAAUCUAGUUACAAUACUGGUUACAAUAUUGGUUACAAUAGAGGACAAGGUGGAUACGGAGCCGCUGGACAAUCGGAAAAUUAUCCAAGCAGUUAUUCGGCUAUCCCUGUACCUGGUGCAACUCGAUCUCGUAAUUGCACUGGAUCGGCAAAUUGCAUACCAAAAUGCUUUGCUGAGAAAGGUUCACGCGGUCCACCUGGUACGGUUGGGCCACAAGGACCAAAAGGACAGCAGGGAUUUCCUGGAUCCGAAGGUCUCUUAGGUCCGAAAGGAGAAAAAGGUGAUCCUGGACCCCAAGGACCACGCGGGCCGAAAGGAGAAAGAGGUAAAAUGGGUAUGCCUGGUUUUCCUGGAAUAAACGGUAUUCCUGGAGUUCAAGGACCACCUGGCUUUCCUGGACUUCCUGGUAGAGAUGGUUGUAAUGGAACAGACGGUGCUCCGGGUAAAGACGGUCAACCUGGUGAAAUAGGACCCCGAGGUUUUCGUGGUCCUAGAGGUCCUAAAGGAGAAAAGGGUCAACCAGCUUUUGCAGGGAAUUUUCCAGUUGGUCAAAAAGGAGAACCUGGAAUAGACGGCGUACGAGGUCCACCAGGAUCUCCUGGAUCGCAAGGACAGCGAGGUUAUCCCGGCCCGAAAGGAGAACGGGGAUCACAGGGUGCACCUGGUAUCCCAGGGCCGAAAGGAGAGAAAGGCAAUAUGGGUCUUGGAUUUGAAGGAUUAAAAGGAGAUAAAGGACAGAAAGGUGAACAAGGUCCUCCUGGCACGUCGGGACCUCUAGUGCCAUUGUUAGGAGGAGGCUCGGAAAUGGCUGGACCACCUGGUGAAACAGGAGAAAAAGGAGAUAGAGGCGACAUGGGAUUGGAUGGUCAAAAAGGAGAACCAGGAAUGAUCGGAGAUCAUGGUCUUUCUGGUGCAUUGGGUAUGAAGGGAGAAAAAGGUCUUCCUGGAGCGCCAGGUAUUCGUGGUAGGGAUGGUUUCUCCGGACCUCCCGGUCCACCUGGUCGUAAAGGUGAUCGAGGUUAUGACGGAUUGGAUGGUCUUCCUGGUCGACCAGGACAAAAAGGAGAACCCGGUCAUGAUGGACUUAUGGGAGUUCCAGGAUUGCGAGGACCACCUGGUCCACCAGGUGGUGGCAAGGGAAGGCCGGGACCACCAGGUCCUAAAGGUCCACGAGGUUUUCCUGGCCCAAUCGGUCCUCGAGGUUCCGAUGGAUUUCCAGGCGACCCAGGUCCAAAAGGUCCUAUCGGCUUGCAAGGUGGGCCUGGUUUACAAGGAAUUCCAGGUCCGGAAGGUUUGUCGGGAGAGAAAGGGGCAAAAGGAGAGCCAGGACUUACUGGGUUUCCUGGUGGGGCUGGUCCUCGUGGUUUCGACGGUCCUCCGGGACCAGUAGGUCCGCGAGGUUUGCCGGGAGAAAAGGGAUUAUCGAUUAUGGGUCCGAAAGGAAUGGAUGGUAUACCUGGUCAAGAUGGGGAAAAAGGACAAAAAGGAGAACGUGGUUAUAUUGGAGUACGAGGUCGACCAGGAGACUCCUUGGAUGGUAUUCCAGGUUCACCUGGAGCACCUGGAUUACCCGGAGAACCUGGAACAGCAGGAAGAGAUGGUACACCUGGUUUCCCCGGGACACCCGGUGAGAAAGGAGAUGUUGGUGGUCGUUGUCAAGAUUGCAUACCAGGAUCGCGAGGUGCAAAAGGAGAUCGCGGUUUCGAUGGUAGCCCUGGCCUGCCAGGUCCACGUGGACCGCCUGGGGAACGCGGAUUUCCCGGGGAACCAGGUAUGGAUGGACUACCAGGAUCUAUGGGACCAUCAGGACCACCGGGAAGAGAUGGCACUCCAGGAUCUCCUGGACCUCAAGGAUCUCCCGGAGCACCCGGCAUAGUUACGAAAGAUAUGUUGAAAUUGGAAAAAGGCGAAAAAGGAUUGCGAGGAGAACCAGGACGGCAAGGCCCGCCAGGACUAGAAGGACCACCAGGAGAAAAGGGUAGACCCGGAUUGGAGGGCUUCCCAGGAUUGAAAGGACAGCCGGGAGAUCGUGGAUUUCCAGGACAAGAUGGUACACCUGGUAGAUCAGGAACACCUGGACGUAAGGGUGAAAAAGGAAUUAGCUUGAAGGGAGAGCCUGGAGAAGCAGGAAGACCGGGACCUCCUGGAGCAAAAGGUGAACCUGGAUUUUAUGGUGAAAAGGGUGAACCUGGUAUGUGUCGACCUUUGAAUUGGAUGGAAAGCUUGAAAGGCAAUAGAGGUCCUACGGGUGAUAAAGGUGAACCAGGACCCCCCGGAGAAGAUGGAUUACCAGGUGAUAAAGGUUUACAAGGACUUCAGGGUCCUCCAGGAAAUGUUGGUCCAAUUGGUGCAACUGGUCCUGUAGGGCCACGAGGUUUACCAGGUCCUCGAGGAGAAAAAGGUAACACAGGACCAAUGGGUUUUCCGGGUGAACCUGGUCGUGAGGGACUUCGAGGAUAUGCAGGUAUACCCGGUGGAAAAGGUGAUAAAGGAGAACCAGGAAUAACUGUGAAGGGCAGUCCUUGUUUACCCGGAUUACCGGGAUCGAAAGGAGAAAAAGGUCUUCCUGGUCCACCAGGAAAAGAAGGUCAAGUUGGAUCGCCAGGGUUAACAGGAUUUACUGGUGAAAAGGGAGACGUCGGCAUUCCAGGUAAUAAUGGAUUACCAGGUAUACCAGGAGAGAAAGGAGAUACCGGUCCAAUUGGACCACCAGGACCUCCUGGGGUCGCUGGAACACCUGGAGCUGAUGGCAGUAAAGGUGAACCCGGAUUACCAGGAGAACCAGGUAGACCAGGCCUUCCAGGAUUCCCUGGUACGAAAGGCGAUCGUGGAGUUCCUGGUAUCGAUGGACCAAAAGGAUAUCCUGGACGACGCGGAUUGCCUGGUACACUUGGUAGACCUGGCAGCGAAGGUUUACCUGGUUUGAAAGGUGAAAGAGGCGAAAAAGGAUCACCAGGUUUCCCUGGCUUACCCGGCAUGGAAGGAAAGCCUGGUCGAUCCGGUUUAUCAGGACCAAAAGGAGAUCUUGGUCCAGAAGGUCUUCCUGGUGUGCCAGGUUUACCCGGAUAUGACGGACCAAAAGGUGAUACAGGGCCACCAGGAUUACCCGGCCGAAAAGGAGAACCAGGACAAGUAUCGGAAAAAGGACAAAAGGGUGAACCAGGAAUGCCUGGCAUUCGUGGACCUCCUGGACCACCAGGAAGAGAUGGAUACGAUGGACUCAAAGGAGAACCUGGAAGACCAGGUGUAGGACGUGACGGCUUGCCUGGUUUAAAAGGAGAAGCGGGACCACCAGGACGCGAUGGUUUACCAGGAUUGCAAGGUCCGAAAGGUGACACAGGCGUACGAGGAUUCGUUGGUCUGAAAGGGGAUGUGGGUUUGCCGGGAGAACCAGGAGAACCAGGUACGCCUGGAAUCGAUGGUUUACCGGGUGAAAUUGGAGAAGUCGGACCUCCUGGAGCACCUGGUUUCCCUGGAGCCGAAGGAAAAAUGGGAGCACCAGGACGAUCUGGACUCGAUGGUGUUAAAGGCGAUCGCGGUUUUCCCGGUCCUGUUGGCGUUCCUGGUUUUCCUGGUGCACCUGGUGAGAAAGGAGAUAAGGGACCACCAGGACCAACCAUUACAGUAAAAGGAGAAAAGGGCGAGCCUGGUCAUCCUGGUUUAACUGGAUUACCUGGAAGUAAAGGAGAUCGUGGUUUAGAAGGUUUAGCCGGAUACGAUGGAGAGAAAGGAGAUAGAGGCCUGCCUGGCCCGGUUGGAAAUCCUGGACCGCCCGGUUCAAUGGGCCUUAAGGGUGAUCAAGGUCCUACUGGUAUUCCUGGUCUUCCUGGAAUAACAAUAAAGGGCGAGAAAGGUUUACCAGGUUUGAUGGGUAAGCACGGACGAGAUGGGUUCCCAGGUCUUCCAGGAGAGAAAGGAGAACGAGGACUUCCUGGAUUGCCCGGACCGAAAGGAGAUAUUGGGCCCUACGGUCCUAUUGGACCUCAAGGUGAAAAGGGUGAUGCAGGUCCUAUCGGUCUUACGGGUCCACCUGGACGCGAUGGAGCGCAAGGUCUGGAAGGAGUACCAGGUUUGCCGGGUGAAAGAGGUCCAAAAGGAGACAGAGGACAACCAGGACUUUUCGGCGCACCAGGACAGAAAGGAGAGCCUGGGCUACCAGGUCAUAGUGGCUUAGAUGGCGUUCCUGGAGAAAAAGGUGAUAGAGGCUGGGACGGAGUGAACGGACUUCCCGGAGAACUCGGUGAAAAGGGAGAUCGAGGAUAUCCUGGUUCAAUAGGUUUAAUGGGUGCCGUUGGUUAUAUUGGUGCUAAGGGUGAUAAGGGUGAUGAUUGUAGUCCACCGCCCAUAGGACCAAAGGGUGAUCGCGGUUAUCCAGGUCCUGCCGGAUUACCUGGACAACCAGGCGAGAAAGGACUCUCAGGACCGCCAGGUUUCCCAGGAGUAAAUGGUAUAAAAGGAGCUCAAGGAUUCAUGGGAUCACCUGGCCCGAUUGGAUUGACAGGUCCUGCUGGUCCUCCUGGUGCACCUGGUCUGCCAGGUCUCGAAGGUCCUAUGGGAGCUCCUGGACCAGUUGGAGAGCCAGGACAAUCGUGCGAAACCACACCCGAUUAUCUUACCGGUAUUUUACUAGUCCGACAUAGUCAAAGUCAAUACGUACCGACCUGCGAACCAGGUCACAUCAAAUUAUGGGAAGGUUAUAGUUUAUUAUUCACGGAUGGCGACGAGAGAGCUCAUUCUCAGGAUCUAGGUUAUGCUGGUUCGUGCGUAAGAAAAUUCUCAACGAUGCCCUUCCUAGUUUGCGACGUCAACAGUGUUUGUCAUUACGCUAGUCGGAAUGAUCGUUCUUAUUGGCUAUCAACUAAUAGUCCAAUUCCUAUGAUGCCAGCCGAGGAAUCGGCGAUAGAAGAAUACAUCUCAAGAUGUGUGGUAUGCGAAGUUCCAGCUAAUAUUCUGGCAGUACACAGUCAGUCUCUAAGCAUUCCGGAAUGUCCAAAUGGAUGGACCGGACUUUGGAUUGGAUAUAGUUUUUUGAUGCACACUGGCGCAGGUGCUCAGGGUGGCGGACAAUCAUUGUCCAGUUCUGGUUCGUGCUUGGAAGAUUUCCGGGCAACUCCUUUCAUUGAAUGCAAUGGCGCGAAAGGUCACUGCCAUUAUUAUUCGAACGAGUUUAGUUUUUGGAUGGCCACCAUAGAAGAUAGCCAACAAUUUCAAGUGCCUAGAAAACAGACCUUAAAGGCAGGAAACCUUAGGUCGGGAAUAAGUCGCUGCCAAGUUUGUAUAAAGAAUACGUAAAUUUUCCCGUACUUUGUAUUUUCUCUAUCUUUAUUUUAUUAUCGCGACAACGAUAACAACGAUCGUAACGAGGAAGAAACAAAAACGACAGUGAAACGAAGAAGUAAGAAAGCAUACAUACGAAUUGGUUGUAGGAAGAGACGAUAGAAAAUUGAGAAGUCGAAUCAAAUCAAACGCAACGAUUCCUCAUUUUUUAUUCAAUUUUUGUCUUCUUCUUUUUCCUCUCUCAUUCUCCAACUUCAUCCAUAUUUCCUUCCUCCUCUACUUUUUUGCUUUUUCUUCUUUCACAUUUCGAUGGUCAUCUUUCGAUACUAACGUUUCUUCUUCGAUCUAUUCAGAAUUUUUCUCCGUACGUAUUUUUAUAUGACUAUUCAAGCAAGUGCCUUAGCGUACUAUCACACUUAGCAUGUAAAAUAAUAUAUAUUUAUAUCUCGCUAAAAAAGAAAAAAAAAACAAAAAAAAAAACAACAAAAAAAAAAAAAAGCAAAAAACGUAUGAACAUUUAAGAUUAUCGUACUAUCACGGACACUGCCCAUAUCCAAUAUGGCACAUUUUACAUAUUGUAUAUUAAUAUAAAAGAUCUUAGCCUCGUAAUUGUGUGAAGCCAAAUAUUUAAAUAAAUAGGUAUUUUGCUACGUAGAUAAUAAAAUUACAUUUUCAAAUUUAUCUAAAUCCAUCUGUCAACAGGAUGCACUACAUCUGCAUACAUAAAUAUGUACAUAUGUAUGUCGUAUCUAUACGUAUUACGGUCGAACCGUAUGCGUACGAACCUUGCCUUUUUUAUCUCGUUUUUAACAUCAACUAACUAUUAUUUUUAAUGACGCAUUCAACGAAAAAUAAAGCAUUCUGUAAAUCUC